UUUGUACUACAAAGAAUUGAGAAAUUCACUUAUGGGAUAGUGAAGCGAGCUUUAUUUUUUCUGAUUUGAUAUAAUUUUAAAUAUGAAAAGAAAGAAAAAAAAGGAAAGAAAAUUAAUAUGAAUUAUUUAUUUACAGACUGAGCAAUUGACAUUUUUGUGGAUUUUAUUUACAAUGAUUGUAGUUGGAAAUACAGCAGUUUUGGUUGCUUUAUCGCUAUCAAAAAAUCGUAAAUCCCGAAUGAACUUUUUCAUCAUGCAUCUAGCUUUAGCAGAUCUGACAGUCGGUCUAAUUAAUGUACUGACUGAUAUUAUCUGGAGAACUACUGUGGCAUUUUACGCAGGGAAUGUUGUAUGUAAACUGAUCAAAUUUCUGCAGGUAUUAGUUACGUAUUCAUCAACAUAUGUUCUAGUGGCAUUGAGUAUAGACAGAUAUGAUGCCAUUACCCAUCCUAUGAACUUUUCAGGAAGUUGGAAGAGAGCGAGAAUAUUGGUAGCUUCAGCUUGGAGUUUAAGUGCACUACUUUCAAUUCCCGCUAUUUUUCUAAACGAAGAAGAAUUUAUUCGUGGAAGACCGCAGUGUUGGAUUGAUCUAAACACAUGGCAAUGGCAGAUGUAUAUCACAAUGGUAGCGAUAUCUUUAUUUUUCAUACCGGCGUUGAUUAUUUCUGCCUGUUACAGUAUCAUUGUCUACACUAUUUGGACCAAAAGCAAAAUCAUGACUUAUCCAAAGCUGUCAAAAUCUUCGCAUUCAUCUAAAGAUAGCGCAGUUAAACAAAAGUGCAUAGAAAACGAAUUAGAACGCAAACGUACGAGUUCUCGUGGGAUUAUUCCUAAAGCAAAAAUAAAAACUGUCAAAAUGACAUUUGUUAUUGUAUUCGUUUUUAUUCUAUGUUGGAGCCCUUAUUUUAUCUACGAUCUUCUACAAGUUUACGAAUACAUUCCUGAAAAUCAAACGUCGAUUGCUGUAUCAACAUUCAUACAGAGCUUAGCCCCUUUAAAUAGUGCAGCUAAUCCUAUCAUAUAUUGUUUAUUUUCAACUCGAUUGUGUCGGAAUCUAAGAAAACUUCCACUGUGCAACUGGCUAGCAGGAAAACUCUUCAUUUGUUGCCCGUCAAUGCGGCAUCCGAACGACACAACAUUUAAUCGAAUGUCAGAUUUUACAACAUUAACUGAAACUAGCCGAUCUUCGACUAGAGCUACACAUCGUCUAUGUCUUCACCAAAGACCUAAUCCCGUGCUCAAGAAAUAUAUCAUCGAUAAAGACUUAUUAAAAUCUUCAGAAUGCGAAGAAAGUACAGAAAAUUCUCACGUUUAAAAGUACGAAGACAUCUUUAAACCACGUUCCUCUGAUGAGGACAGAUUAUAUAAACAUUAAUCUUUGGAUGUAUUUUUAAAUUAUAUCUUUGUUUUUUGAAUAUUUGAAGACAAAAUCUAUUGAUUGUAUCCGGAAAUCUUGCUUUUAAAUGGAAUAAAACAAAUGUAUUCUAAGAGGAAAAAGAAGAAAAUCAGGUUUCAUCAGAAAUUCGAAUAUAAAUAAUGUCGAUUUGUCUUUUUAUUUCUUUGAUCCUGAUUGUAAUUUCGCGUGACCAUUUAUCAUUAGAAAACUUUGAAAAUGUAUUUUAGUUUUUUUUUUAAUUUUAUUUCUCUCUCUGUAAUUAUUUGUUGUCACAUUCUUCUGUAAAUAGCACUAAUUAUUGAUCUGAUUAAUAUUAAAGCGUUAUUAUUA